AUGGCGGACUCCGAAUUACCCACUCGUCCUAAGCCGGAAGAGACCACCCAGGCCACGCCUGCGGAAGGCGGCGACUCCAAGAACGCCAGCAAGAAUGCCCUGAAGAAAGCCGCCAAGGAGAAGGCAAAGGCCGAAAAGGCUGCUGCUCGUGCAGCUCAGGAGAAAGCGCAAGCUGCGGCCGCCGAGGCUAACGACACUGCAAAGGGUCUGUAUGGCCAGCUUCCCGAAACCAACGACGUCAUUUCUGCUACACGCUUCAGCGAGCUUUCAGAAGAGUAUUACGAGAAGGAAGUGACGGUCGUGGCACGCGUCGAUAAUGCGCGCGUACAGAGUGCCAAGCUUGCUUUCCUGAUGCUGCGCCAGCAGGGACAGAAGGUCCAAGCCGUCAUUGCAGCUGCGGAGCCCAUCUCUCGUCAGAUGAUCAAGUACACCGGCGGAUUGAACGUGAACUCCAUUGUGCAGGUCACCGGUAUUGUGAAGAAGCCUGAGAUCCCCAUUUCCUCCGCAACCAUCAGCCAUCUCGAGCUCCACAUUCGCAAGGUGUACAUGAUCUCCGAGGCCGCGCAGAUGCUCCCAAUGCAAGUGAAAGAUGCGGAACGUCCUCCCCCUACCGAGGCUGAGGAAGGGCAGGUCGACGCCGAAGGUGCUCCUAUCGUCACUUUGAAGACCCGUCUGGACAACCGUGUGCUGGAUCUUCAAACAGAGACUAGCCAGGCCAUCACCUGGAUCUCCAGCGGUGUCGCUCAGUUGUUCUCUGAAUACAUGAUCAAGAGCGGCUCUCGAUGGAUCUUCACCCCCAAGCUGGUUGGUGCUGCCACGGAAGGUGGAAGCAAUGUGUUCGAGGUCAAGUACUUCAAGCGCAACGCCUAUCUUGCCCAGAGUCCUCAGCUGUACAAGCAGAUGUGCAUUGCUGGCGACAUGGAGAGCGUCUUUGAGAUUGCCCCUGUUUUCCGUGCAGAGGAUAGCAACACCCACCGUCACUUGACUGAGUUCGCUGGUCUCGAUUUCGAGAAGACCUUCCAGAACCACUAUCACGAGGUUUUGGACUUCGCUGAAGAUCUCCUCGUUUUCAUUCUUACCCAACUCAAGGAGCGUUACGCUCCUCAAAUCGCCACUAUCCAAAAGUCUUAUCCCAAGGCAGGCGACUUCAAGCUUCCCAAGGAUGGCAAGGCCUUGCGUCUGAACUACAUGGACGGUGUCGCCCUCUUGAAGGAAGCCGGUGUUGACAUGUCCGAGCAAGAGCGCUUCGAGAACGACUUCACCACUGCCAUGGAGAAGCAGCUGGGUCAAAUCAUCCGUGACAAGUACGACACCGACUUCUACGUCCUUGACAAAUUCCCUAUGGCGGUUCGUCCUUUCUACACCAAGGCCGACCCGAAGGACAGCCGCUUCUCCAACUCGUAUGACUUCUUCAUGCGCGGUGAGGAGAUCAUGUCUGGAGCGCAGCGUAUCAACGACAUCAAGGAGCUGGAGGCUUCUAUGCGUGCCAAGGGCUUGGACCCCACUCAAGAGGGCUUCGAAGAUUACCUCAAUGCCUUCCGUCAAGGCUGCCCGCCUCACGCUGGAGGUGGCCUGGGUAUGAACCGUAUCGUGAUGUUCUUCCUUGGUCUUCCCAAUGUUCGCUUGGCUUCGCUGUUCCCUCGUGACCCACAGCGCCUGCGGCCAUGA